AUGUCGCCAUCAAAGGUCGACACUCAGGCCAUCGACGAGGAAGUUCCUAUACUCAUCGUCGGCGGUGGUCCGUCUGGACUGCUCCUGGCAUACAUGCUUGCUCAAUUGAACGUUCGAACCCUCAUUGUCGAGCGCUAUUCCACCAGACUAGCCGCGCCAAAGGCUCAUGCGCUCUCCCCUCGCUCUCUGGAAUUAUGUCGCCAAUUUGGUAUCGAUGUAAAUGAGAUCCGGGGUCUUGGAUCGUGCCGCGCAGAUGCGUACUGGGUCAACUUUAUCACGAACCUCAGCGGUAAACAGGUUGGACGACUGCCUUAUGAGCGCAUGGAUCCUGGAGUCUUGGAUGCAACGCCAGCGAUGAUCCACAAUAUCCCCCAGCCAGCAUUCGAAGAGCUGGUCGCGAGGGAACUGGCCCACAAGCCUCUCAAUGAGAUUCGGAAGAAUCACUCGUUCGUCCGUCUUGAACAGGUUGACGACUACGUCCUCACAACAGUGGAAGACCGCAGUUCCGGCCGCGAGUAUGUUGUCAAGUCGACCCACGUAGUCGCCUGCGAUGGCGCCAAAAGCGCUGUCAGAAGAUUCCUGGGCGUGGAAAGCGAGGGAGAGGAUUCAUUCGAAACGAUGAUGACCAUCCACUUCAACGCAGACCUGCGACCAGUGAUUGGCGAUCGUGUAGGCAUGCUACACUGGAUCAUGGACCCUGAAACAUCUGGCUUCAUUAUUGGAUAUGAUCUGUCUGGGAACCUGGUCCUAAUUUGCAAUUUCGAUUCGAAGAAACACCCUGUAGACUCCUGGGACGAAGCACUCUGCCGCAAGACAAUAAACGCAGCUAUUGGAAGGGAUGUUAAAUACGACGUUCUUUCCUAUCGGCCAUGGAUCCUGAGCAGAAAGGUUGCAAAUGAAUACCGGGUUGGCCGUGUCUUCUUAGCCGGAGACGCUGCACACUCAUUCCCACCAACAGGCGGACUGGGCCUGAACUCUGGUCUGGGCGAUGUGCACAAUCUAGCCUACAAACUCGCAGCAGUUCAUCAAGGCUGGGCCGGCGACGCCAUACUAAACACCUACCAGACCGACCGACGCCAAGUGGCACUCGUAAACUCCGAGCAAAGCGUCAAAAAUGGACGAGAAAUAUUCGGUCUCCUCAAGGCCUUAGGAACAACAGACGAGAACGUCAAUGUCGCGAGACAGAAUCUCUACCGCAACAUCCAAGACCCUGCGGCUAUGGUAGAGAUCAACAAGGGUAUUGAGGGACAGCGAGAGCAUUUUGAUAAUCUCAAUCUGCACAUCGGAUAUGUAUACGGGGAUACAGAGAUUCCUGGCCAUGCGUCUGUUUUUAACCCAGUUUGUGUGCCUGGAGCUCGGCUCCCCCAUGCGUGGAUUCGGCCGAUUGGGUCUUUGAAGUCGAGGAUGCCCUUACCCCCGGUGGAUUCUUCUUAUGUAUCUGAGCUAUCGAAGGAGCAGGUUAGGCAGAAAGAAUAUUCGACGCUGGAUCUCUGUCCGUUUGAUGCUUUCAUGGUCCUCGUGGACUCUGCCUGGGCUGAGAAGUGGAAGACAAGCAUUGCAGAAGCCCGAGAGCUUCUGCCAGUGUCUGUCAGGGACACUCUCAAGAUUGACACUGCUGUUCUCGGUGUUGACUUUGAGCUUGAGGGUGAUCAUCCUGAACAUUGGCUCAAACUGAUGCACCUAAAGGAGGGCCAGGCGACGCUGGUACGUCCUGAUCAGCAUAUAUUGGCAACUUUCCAGACGGACAGCGCAAGUGUGGAUCUUGUUGAAUGCCUUCGACGCCAUCUGGUCUGGUAG